CAUUGGUUUGUUACUCAAUCAUGUCAAUACGACUAAAAAAGGGAUUGGGUUGAAAUUUGGAAAAGGGGUAGAUUAUAGUUUGGAAUAACACAUAGAAUACUUCGUACUCCACGGGAACGCGGGCGAAGCCGCUUUUGGAAGUUAGUUCACGAUAAAACUGUUAUCUACUCUUUGAUUCAAAAUUAUUUUGAUUACAUACGAAUUUUUGGUGACCGCUUUUUGGUGAAUUACGGUGACAAUAAUGCGUGUGAAAAUUGCGAAGAUUUGGAUGUAAGUAAACUCUAUUAAUUUCUACAAAAUACAAUAUAAUUGUGACAUGUCGGGGAAUUCCGUGACAUCGUGGCUACAUAGGUAAGGUAAAUGCUAAGAACACAGACAGUAGUGACGCACCCUACAUUUCUUUAUUUACAGAUAAUUUAGAAACGAGCAACACCAGCCCCCACCUAUUUCUCAUGCAUUCAGCCUCGUCAGUGAGGUGUUAAUCAAAAUUUAAUUUGCUAUGCGUUGUUGUUAUUAUUAUUUAUUUAUAAAGUAGUUUAAAGCAACACCACUCUAGGACAGAAAUUUUUCAGUCGUAGGUAUUAAUAAAAUGGUUAGAAUUUUAAUGCUUGAAAUAUCUAAACCAGGGUUUCCAAAUUUUUUGUUUGCCUUGUCUAUAGAACGGCACACUAACCAACCGUUCUGAAUCUUACUUUACAUUUUGGUAACCUAUUUAUUUUCUAAUAGUGGAUCCUGAGUUUGGUAAUUUGAUUUAGAUAUGUCGUAGUCCAGACAACUUUGCGAACCACUGAUCUAAACACCAACUAAACACUAUGCUGCCUUUUUGGGUACUUUCGAUAAGCAGAGAAAUUGUAAAAAUUGUUUAGCAAUCUUGGCUAAAUUAAAUAAUAAAAAUCUUACACGUUUCUGACAAAAAAGCUUUAGCUUUAACAAAAUGUUUAAUUUUAGGCGAUUAAAAAGAACAAAACAUUCUCUUUCUGUGGAAAAAGUGUGCUUGCAACACUAAGGUCCUAUCGAAAAAAAUAGAAAAAUAAUAGUGCCCGUGGUAUGGUAAACGUUUAUCGUUUCUGAAUGUACAAACUUCACAAUCUCAAAACAUUGCUAAUAUGUGACUCAUUAUAGUUUCAUUGUCAAGCUAUCAAUAUUAAAAAUAAUGUCAAGAAAUAUAGUUUUUGAGGGGUGGUUAACAAAGUCUCCACCAAACAGGCGUAUUUGGCGAACGGUGAGCUCAACUUUAGCUUGGCAUUUUGCUUUUGUUGACAGAAGAUGGCGCAGACGCUGGUUUGCCUUGCGGCAGUCUGGCGAGCUCCCUGGCCAGUAUUUUUUAGAUUACUAUGCGGAUCGGAACUGCCGUCGACUCAAGGGCACAAUCGAUCUGGACCUUUGUGAACAAGUUGAUGCUGGUCUUCAUAUGGAACGGCACGGACAGGCUCCGUUCAACCCUAGUAUCCGAGGAUCUGUCUUCACAAUACAAACUCAGCGAAGAACAUAUCACUUAGAAGCUGAUUGUGAAGCAGAGAUGGAGAAGUGGGUGGAUGCCAUUUGCCGAGUCUGUGGUCUUCGUGCUACACUUGAUGUUCCCGCUGGUGCUUCCAGACAUAAUAAUGUCAUUGAUCCUAGCAGCGUCCACACCACCAACAUGAGCGACAAUAGCGAGUGCCCCGACGGCACGGGCCCCUACAUCCCCAUCUCCGAGUGUAUCACGGGCGUUCGUGCUCAGGAUGAACAACGUCACUUUACAUUUGAGGAGCGGAACAUAAUAGUUAACACCCGAGGCGACGGUCACCAGUACACCAGUCACCCUCAAAUCAGGGUGAAUGCUGAGCUCUCCGAGAACGACAGCAAUCUGAGUGAAGACGAUGACGGCUCCUUGCAUGCCAGUCAUCAGAAUUUACCAGACUGGUCUGUGACGAAAACGUUUACAAAAUUGUCCUUAGCACCGAAAAAGAAUGGGCCUGAGGAAGGACCACCCGUUCCACCACGACCACCAAAGACCUUUGCUGGCAGAAGCCGGGAUACCCUAACCAAGGACCCCUUCCAGGGCCCGAAAAUACAGGAACCCACCGAGGUAGUGCAGGAACCGCCGCAGCACAGUCACCAGCGGCUGCGGGUACCGCGCCGCAUGUCUCAGGGCGCCCCGUCCUCCCCGCGUUCUCUGCUGAACGCCCGCUGCCCUGAAGAGGAGGAAGAUUUCUCCCCUUCGCAGUCUGCUUUACAGUACUGCAAUCUCCCAAGCCUACCACCGGCAGUAGACCGAGCGCUGAAGCCGCGCCACUCAAGCGUUAGUAUAGGACAAUAUAACGCCUUCAUGGCCCAGGAAGAUGGACUUCUUAACGAAGUACAUUGUUACGAAACUAUAAAACCAUACAGACCCUCAAUACGUCGAUCCAAUUUUCUAGUUGGACUUAAAAAACUAUUCGUAUCAUUUUGGAGUUUAUUUAGCUUUCGACCAAGAGCUCCAAGACUGCCAGACCCCUUACCCAAACCGCCGAGUACUAUUGAGUCAAUCGUACUUCCCGAUGACCCGCCACCAUCCGGCACAACGACAUUAGGAGACACGAGACGGUAUUUCAAACGCAGCGUCAGAUUAGGCAGACUGUCAAGUAAAGUGGACGCGCUAGAGAUACCGCCGGCAAAUUUCCUUGAAAUUAAAGUACCAUCUCGCAGCGUUGGGAUCAUAACAAUACCAACAAAUCUUUUAUCGAACAUAGUGGUUGUACCACGUGAAACGGGCACUUUGAGAAUCGGUAAUGUAGAUGAUAUCAAGCAAGACGCCUUACAAUACUUGGACCUGGACCUCCACCCUGCGAAACCGGCACAAACAACGGAGAAAACGGAGCCACGCAAACGGGCCGAGAUUGCACACGGACGCUCAAUGACCACGGUGGAUACGGACGCCUACAAAACCGUAGACUUUUUGAAGACUGAAGCAUUCAACAUCACCCGCCAGGACGCCGAGGCUUCGAGAAGCUUCCAAUACUAGCAUCCGCCUUCUCCAAAAGCAUCGAAGUCAGUCUGGCAACAAUGCUUGUGUUGGGGAAAAUAGACACUAUAACAAAUGAACAACAGUGAAAAACGGCUCAGUUUUUUCAAUUAGUGACGUGUUCGGUGUCCAGUGAAAACGUAAAGUAAGCAUUUAUGAAAUUUGAAGAAAAAGACUUUUUAAAAAGCUUUAACCGACUUUGAAAAGCUUUAAAAGGUAAACGAUUGUGUAGGUUUGUUACUGGCCGUUGUGGACAGCAUUCAUACCCUGCUGCCAACGACGGCCACGGUCAUAGUAUUAUAAAAAAUAUUAUAUAUAGCAAUAAGAACAGUAUUCUUGUACACCUGUCUGUAAAGCACAUCACCGCUGGCAUUUCAAGUAGGUACUUUAUGUAAGCUUCAAUUUGUUUUUGUACAUUUUUGCGUCACGUAGAUAUUGUGGUGUAAACACUAUUUUAGUUCUGGCAUAUUUUUCUCAACAUCAGCAUUUAUAAUUAGGACGACAAGCGCAUUGGUUUUGUAUACAUCUCAAUAUUUAAAUAUUUAUUACACACAGUUUAUUUAAAUAAGUAUUUUAAUGUACUUAAUAGCGUUAAAUGCGAUACCUUUCGCUUUAUGCAUGACACGGCUUUUUCCUUAGCGGAUAAGACAGUAUAUUUGAUGUUACCAAUGUAUAAUUAGUAAAUUAAUGUUGAGCAUACAUUAUAUGCUAUUAAAAUGUUGUAUUUAGGGCUUAAGAAAAGAGUCAUCGUCAGUAAGAAUGUGCUGACGUAUAAAUUUGUGCUCUACUAUUCAAGAAUUGACAAAAAAAGUAAAAAGGAUGAUCCUAAAUAUUGCUCUCGUGCGUUUUAAAGGACUUUUUACCUUCUUACGUAAGGGGAAAAACUAGUCAUACGUCUCUUUCUUGCACGUAGUUGCAAAUGAUGGACAAUACACGGGAUUCCGUGUAAUUACUAAAUAAAUACGUUGAUUAGAUUUCAUAUCUACAUAGAAAACAUUAGUUUAUAAUAUGAAAUGUUUAGAAAAAUAUUGAAAGCAAAUAUCUGAGUAUUGAUAGUAGUUAGUGUCACGGCCCAUCAUGUGUAAAAUGACGUAAUCAUUCACCGGGACAUUAUUAUAGGUAAAUAUCGUCUGAACUUUGAUGUGUUAGGAUUUAGUAUUUAAAUGUAGUAACGUAUUACAUUUUGGACUUUCGGUUCACAAUAUCGAAGUCUUUUCGGCCUCUUCAUUCAAGCAAGUAUCUAUCUUGCUGAUGACUUACUUAAAAUAAUAUUCUAUAAUAGCAACAUUAUAAUAUAUGUGUAAUAAUGUGUGUAACUAUUAAAUAUCAAAUUUAAUAUUGUAAGGGAUUUUACUGAAUGAUAAGAUAUAUCUUCGAACGCACAAGAAGACAAUUAUGAAGAUGUAACAGUAUUAAAAUAGGUGUUAAAUUUGUUGGCUCUAUUUUUGACGUGACGCUGUCUAUAUGUAGGUACACUGUGAUGAAUGUAUUGCGCGGACUAUACCUCUUACAGGAUAGCGUGGCACGUGCUUCACGUAUUGUUGACACAGUUCUAUGGACUGUUUUCUCCCUAACGCGGUCGUAUCGCGUUUUAUCUCUAUUUGCCAUGACAAAUACAAGAAUUGGAAAUGAAUCUAAAUUAUGAAGCUAUCCUCUUAUAGGUAGUUUACUUUUCUGUAAAAGAGCGUUUGGAAUUAAGAUUUCGCAGGGAUUGCGUGAGUGUGUGUACUUAGAGCUUAUGUACCUUUCCUGUAUGUCUUUGUCAAUCUAAGUAAAGGUAAUUUAUAUCAUAUGUGUUCUAUGUUGUGGUGGUGUCAUUACCUUUAUGUAUUUUAAUGUUAUUAUGUCUAGAGGGCCUAUUCUGAAAGAAUAAGGAGCCGGACAUUAACGUUGUCUGUCUGUCAUGGGGCUGAUCUCAUUCACUCUAAAUGUUAUAAACUCGAGGCCAUUCUCGUUUUUGUCAACAUGUUUAAAUUUAAACAAACCUAACCCCCAAAACAACAGACAUAGAAAGUGGUUUUCCAUUGACGAGGCGGCAUGAUAAUUUCCGUCGCAAAUUCUUGUACUUUUGUGCAGAAAUUGCUAUGAAUUGCGGUACACCAUAGUACUUAUUAUUUUAAAUAAACAAUGCAUUACGUCUAUAGCUGUAAAGUAGUGUAGGAUGGUUCCCAAAGGGUACAUAGUUAAAAAUAGCUACGUUUUCUUACCUUCUUUCGUGCCCCCUUGUCGUGGAAAACCAAUUUGAGACGAUGCGUCGGUAAAUUUCGUAAGUAUAAGGACAAUGAUGGACUGUUCGAGUGGCCUCCGUAGGAAAGGUUAUGGACUCUUGUAUAUCAUAAUUAUAUAUAUAAUAUUGUAAAUUAUAUACUUGUUGACUGUUGAAUCCUUCGUUUAUAGGAGUAACUUCUUAACCCUUUAUAUAUUUAUGGUUAUUUAUAUACAAGUAUGUUUAUUACCCCCGUACACCUUCCAAACGGUUCGGAACAUAAUUGUCGGUAUAUUGUAGCUUUUGGAAUGUAUAUUAAACAUGUAAUGUUUAUCGUCUACUCUCAGACGUCGACUGUUGCGAUAGUUUGGUCUCUAUUGAGGAAUAGAUAGGCAUAAAGCAUAUUUUUUCAAUGAAACGCGAGGGUCCAAGUAAUGCGUAUGACGGGUUCUCUUCCUGUUGACUUUUUAGAAAAGGCGACAGUUCUUUUUACUGACUUGCCCUACCUUUUAACCGUCCCUUACAUACCUCUCUUUUCAAUUAUUUACCCUAAACCUUAUUUCCCCCAGUUAAAUAACUUGGAGGAAAUAGACAACCAUUAAUUUAUCAUCAUUCCUCUUUAUACGCCUAAGUCUGGCGCCUAUUUUACACUUUCACAAGGUGUCUUAAGCCUGUUGGGACAAAAGAAUGAUUAGAAAGCCUUUAUAUACAUAUUUAUUAGUAUAUAAUAUGUAUUUAUGUAUGUACCUGUAUAUAGUUUUUAUGAAUAAUCACACUAUACGUUAUUCAGAUCAAUGAAUUAUCAAUGAAUGAUCGAUAUAUUUCUUGAUGUAGUAGACAAAGUUUUAAUCUUUCUUGAUGUUGUUAUAUGCUUGCACAGUUAUACGUAUUAUUUUUUAUUGUUCUUUAGACUUUGAAUUGACUAUUGGGGUAGAACCAGUGAGAAUAUUGACGUUUUGUAUAGAAAAUAGCCUUCAAAAAUGACCCAAAUCCAAUGGUGGUUAAAAAAGUUUGACAGUGUUGUACAUAAUGAUGUAAGAUGUUUUAAAUGCAAUUUUUGAUGUUAUCUAAUGUUUGUUUUAUGAUUCUCGGAAUUUAAUGAAGGAUUGUGUAUUUUGACAUAUUGAAGGCAAUAUUAUAUUGGGUGACAUCCCCGUUCUUAUCGCAGUACGUAUUAUAUUCAGGUACUUGUUUUAGAUAAUAUUCCCACUGAAACCAAAGUACGGUUCAAUCACAUUUAUUAGAAAUCACAAUGUUAUCUAAUUCUGUUACUUGAUACCAAAAGAACGUUAUAAUUAAAGCACAUGGUUGCUUGUCUUUGUAUUUUACGAUGAAAUGUUUGUUAAUAUUGUUUUAUAUGUAUAAUUAUUUCGUGCUUUUUACCUUUAUGUACAAAAUAUUAAAUGGCUCACAUUAUUUUCAAAUUAGGUUACAAUUUAAUUAUACUUUAUUACUUUAUGGUUAAUUAUUCUAAGGAUUUGUUUUAGAUUAUAAAUUAUUUGCUUUCCUUACACAAUGUAGAUGCAAAUAAAUGUGUACGUGAAAUA